AUGGCACAAAGAAGUUCAAAGCUUGGUCUAGCUCUAAUCGUCAAUGUCGUAAUGUUAACUUGUUCUUGGGCUCAGCCUACGUGCCAACCUCCGAUCAUUAGCCUUCAACCUUGCGUUGGAUUCAUCACGAGCAACUCAUUGACUCCGUCUCGUCAAUGCUGCACUCAGCUUGAGAGUUUUGCACAGACGCAAGCACAGUGUAUGUGUGCAUUCCUCAAUGCCGCGCCUCAACUCCCUCUGCCUGUGAACACAACUCAGGCUCUCUCUCUUCCUGGUGCUUGCAAUAUCCAGGCUCCACCCCUUAGCCAGUGCAACGCUCCUUCUACAGCAUCAGCUGGAUCACCACAGGGAGCUCCAGCAGCAGAUUCUCCUGCGACACAACCGGAUGCAGAUGCUCCGUUGAAUCCCUCAACGACAGGUGUCCCUGUAUCUCAAGGUGGAUCAGAGGCAGGCCAGAAUAAAGGCCAACAACCAUCUUCAGCUAUAAGCUCCACCAAAUUCUCCCCUUUGUUUUUCUUCUUCCUUUUUGUGGCUUCGUCCUUUUAUAGUAUCUAAACUCCAAUGGUUAUAUUGUGAUCCUAUACGUGUUGUGUCUCCGUAUAUUUUCACUUGGGUUCAUGGGGAUUGGGAAAUACCUGAUUUUGGAUGGUUUGGUACUUGAUUGUAUUGGCUUUGUAUUUGUAUAAAGGAAAUUGU